AUGACAGAGGCCUGCUCUGGCCGGGCAGUUCGCCUGGCAGCAGGUUGGACCUUGCAGAGUGAGGUCCUGAUGCGAGAGGUGGGCACCUGGCUCCUGACCUGCACCUGCAUCUGCGCCUGGGUCGGCUUGGGCGUCUCUGUCCCAGGGGAUGGAGGAGGUGAGGGCUGGCACUGUGUGUGGGGGGGCUGUGGGGGCAGAGCUGGGGGCAGGGUUGCCCCCGUCAGGCUCCACGGGGAAGGGUUGGGUUUGGGCUGUGCGGGCCCCGUCUUCCUGAGAUCAGCUGGGGCUUCAGCCCCACCCAGGUUGCACGCUCAGAGCCCAUCCCCUCGGGGUCUCCCAGCCCUGCCCGCGGUAACUUCUCCUGGGCUCCUUCUCUGGGGCCUGCCCUGUCGGGGGGUCAGCUGCCACGCCCUCCCCCUCCCCCAGCCCUGCCCUGAAGCAGCCACUGUGGGCUUGCAAGGGUCACUGUUCCCAGGGCCUGGGACUUUCACGUGCCACACCAACAACAUCCUCAGGAUUGACUGCCACUGGUCUGCCCCGGAGCUGGGCCAGGGGGCCGGCCCCUGGCUGCUCUUCACCAGCAACCACGCUCCAGGCAGCAAGCACAGGUGUGUCUUCCUGGCCAGUGUGUGCACCGUGGAGCUGCCACCCGAGGAGGUGCUCGUGCCUUCUGACAACUUCACCAUCACCUUCCACCGUCACGUCUCUGGGAAGGAGCAGGUCAGCCUGGUGGAUCCACAGUACCUGCCCCGGAGACAUGAGGCUGGAGGAAGUCAUUGCUGUCUUGUCCCACCUGGGGCUUCUCUGGACCAGUUUUCCAGUGAGGCCUCUGCUCUGAGGAGGCCUUGGCCACGUGCCCCAUGCUUCCCGGGAAUCUUUCCGAUCCCCAGUCCUGGGUGUGCUGGCCCCCACACCGUUACGCGGCUUCAUUCUGUUUCAGUGAAGCUGGACCCUCCCUCUGACUUGCUGAGCAACAUCAGCUCUGAGCACUGUGUCCUGACCUGGAGAAUCAGUCCUGCCUUGGAGCCGCUGGCCUCACUCCUCAGCUAUGAGCUGGGCUUCAAGAGGCAGGAGGAGACCUGGGAGCGGGCUCGGCACAAGGAUCACAUCGUUGGGGUGACCUGGCUCAAACUUGAAGCCACUGAAUUGGACCCUGGUUCCACCUAUGAGGCCCGGCUGCGUGUCCAGAUGGCCACACCGGAGGACGCGGUGGCGGAGGAGGAGUGCUACGAGGGCCAGUGGAGUGACUGGAGCCAGCCUGCCUGCUUCCACUCCCCCCAGAGACAAGAGGUACUGGAAAGGAUCUCGGACCCUGGUGAUCUUGUGGAUGGGAAAGGCAAGGCCCAGGGGUUUGUGAUUUACCCAGAGUGCUCUCGGAGGCACGACAUAAACCUUCCAUUUUGGCCCGAGGCACCCGUCCAGGUGCCUUUGCCAGGUGAGUUUGGAGGAACACAGCCCUGGGCCCUUCCCGCCAUAGGUCGCCUGGUCCCAGCUUUGGGGCAGCCCAUCAGCACCCUGGUCACUGUGUCCAUCUUUCUCCUGCUGACCAGCCUGACCUACCUGCUGUUCAAGCUAUCAUCCAGGAUGAAGACAGCCUUUUACCAGGACGUGCCAUCCCCAGGCCCGUUCUUCCGGUCCCUGUACAGUGUGCACAACGGGGACUUCCAGACCUGGAUAGGGGCCCACAGAGCUGGUCCACAGCCAAGCCCGGACUGCAUGGGUCCCGCACGAGGAGCCUGGGAGACCCGUGUCCAGGAGGCCAUCGCUUUGCUCACCUAUGACCCGGUGGACGUGGGGCCAUUAGCGGGCCUGGAGGGGGAGGGGAGCACUGGCACCGGCCUCCCAGCAGAUGCGCUGCCCGCAGGAUGUGUGGAGUGGGGGGGGCCACCGCCCGCCUACCUGCCACAGGAGGCCUGGGCCCCCUCAGGCCCUACCAGGCUGGCUCCCCCGCAGUCCCAGGGCAGCAGCAGCGACUACUGUGCCCUGGGCUGCUCCAGGUGGGGCUGCCCCUCCACCUUCACAGGAAACGCGCAGAGCUCUGAGCCCGACCCUGCCUUGGCCUGUGGCCUUUUCUGUGACCAGCAGAGCCUGGAUGCCCGGCCAGGAGGUAGCUGUGCAGGCGUUGGUCACAGUCAGAGGCAGGACGCUGGCGGAUGGGCCGCAUGA